AUGCGGUUCGAGACCAAAGAGGACUGUAAGCGGUUCGUCCGGGAGCAUUGCCAGGAGGGAAGCAACCCCGAUUACCCCUGGAUGCAGCAGAUCUUCACCACCCUGGUGACCUGGCGGCAGCUGGAGCAGUACCUCUUCCCCUGCUUGCGCGACAUCUGGAAGAAGACCCCCUUCCGGAAGGCCGCGCCGCUUGACCCCGACCGAAAUGUUUUCCUCGGCGAGGCCGAGCCAUCGGGAGAGUGGCCGCUGCAUGCUGAGGUGUUGGCGGGCGUGAGGAAGCGGCUUGAUUUGCCGUUUCACGGGGGGGGCGUUGACGCUUCGGGAAGGCAGCUGGGGUUCCUAUCGUGUGCGUCGACGGAGAACACCCUGAGAUAUCUGUUCCACCACAUGCGGUGCGGCAUUCUGGUGGUGAUACGCAACAAGCGGCUCGUCGUCUUCGCCCCGUUUGCUAACAAGGACUACACCAACGAUUGGGACGGCGCGCUGGGGGUCAAGGAGGAGAACCUUCAGGACUACUACCGAAAAAAGGAGGAAAGCUACAGGAAGGAGAACGUGAUUCAAGGGGUAGAAAACUGGUGGGCGAACGGGAACAUCAUCUGCAACGAACACCAGCGCCUUCGAGAAACAAACAGUCAGUAUUGGGGGGAUCACUUCAACUCCCCUCUGAGGGACAUGAUCGAGCAGGCGUGUUCGUCGAGGGAUGUCGCUGACUGCGAGUUCUUCAUCAACAAGCGGGACUACCCGCAGCUCAAGUUCAACCCGAACUCGCUCAAGCCGGUGGAGCCCUACGGUUUCAUCUACGAUAAGGACGACCGUCAAGUUUGA